UUAUUGUACAUAAAAUAUAGAGGUCAAGAAAUAAAUAAGAUAUGAGUGGUUCAGGAAAAUUGAACUGGACAAAUCAAUCUAUAGACUGAAUAGUCAGAGGGAAAAAAACAGAGAACAAGAUUUCUUCCCUUGCUCAUGGCCACCCUUCUUUAAGGCCCAGUUAGCAACAGCAAUUAUGUUCACAUGCUGAUGUACAAUGGAAGAUAAAGACAUUUGCUGCUCCUGUUCCAUACACAUUCAUACACUGGAGUUAAUAUGUACUAAGGAAUUUGCCAUUUAAUGGAACUAAUUGUAUUUCGAGAGCAUGAAUGAUUCUUGUAUAUUUUUUCUCCCCCUGCGUUCUCUUGGGAACUUAAUGGGAGCUGCCAGAAAAGAAACAGAAACAAUGAAAAGUUACAAUUCAAACUUAUGAGACAGUAAAUCAAAAUGAAGGGAUAUGAAUUAAAUAUCUAAAACAGGCAUAUGCUGAGUUUUAGUCCCAACUAAGUAAGGGUCAAGCUCCAAACACUAAAUCCUACAUUUUUUCUACAAAACAAUUUAGUAGUAAUAAUAAUAAUAAUACAUUUCAUUUAUAGAGCACUUUUCAUUGCUGAAAGGAAUCUCAAAGUAGAAGUAGAAGGAGUGUUGUCACAUUUGUUGGUGAGCUCUGGAUCCUUUACACUGUCUCCACUCAAAUAAUUGAUUUAUUGUUGUGUUUUUACAUUACAUUUACCUGACACAACUCAUUGCCUGCAGCAGCUGACCAAUCUCUUUUACCAGUAUAGUAAAAUAAGAACUGCAAUCAUGUCUACCGCCAGUGCUACUACAGUGUGACUCCCUCAAGCACUGAAUCACCACCACCAUCAGGGGCCAUAUUCAUAUAUUCAUUCCUAGUACAGACAGUUACUCCGAGGUGUUUCUAAUUAAAAAAAAAUUCCCAAGAAUGAUCUUAUCUUUCUAACAAAAUUUUUCGAAAUCAGAUGUUUUAUAGGAAUUUGCCAGGAUAAAAGUAAUUCACAAAGCAUUUCAGGUCAUGCACAUUCAGAUCAAGUUCUUCAGAAGCCCUAAAAGAGAAAAGCAUCAGAUGUGUGAUGCAUACCCUGCGCAUAUGUGGUAUAAAGGCUACUAUAUAUACACUAUAUUUUUCCCGCCAAAGUUUCCACAUACCUGGAGAAGACAUUGGAGAGGAGAAGCUCACUGCGUUGCCUAUUUUUCUGCACAGUUCUCUCAAAUUUGUCAAAAAUGUAAGAAUCAGAGAAAAGGUAAUGUGAAGAAUGCAACUACUAGACAGAAAACUGUGAAUGCACUCGACAAAAAUAAAAAAUUCUUGAAGUUUCUAAUUUUCAUGUUUUGUUGCAUUAAAUCUUUACUCUACAAGUCACAUUCACCCAUUUUGGCACAGAUCAUUCACCAAGAGAACAGCAGUCUUAGGUAAUUUAGGGUUCAGUGUCUAACAAUGUUGGAAUUGUUGAAAAGUUUUUGGUUUUCAAAAACACUGAGCUGGGUUACACAAAAACUACCAUAUUCCCCUAAUAACCAUGCAGGAAAAAUGACCCAACAAGUUUGUCUGCAUAGAUAAAAUAACCCAUAUUGCCUUUUCUGUGUGUGGUUUGUCAGUUAACAUUACCCAGCUGUUGUGUACAAGCUCGGGAUGAGGACAUGCUUUUUAGAACACAGUAGUUUUAAUGAGCUGUCAAUGGUUUGCAAUAAGUUGCAAGUCAUUUCAUAAGCAUUGCACAUGCUUCAUCAAGCACAGGGAACCACAGCUACAUUGAUGCAUUAAUCAGAGCUUCAGCAUGGUAAUCACACACACUUUUGUAAUCCUGUGCAGAGCAAAACAAUAUUUUGUCACCAAAUCUCUAACAUGUAGGAUUAAAUUACAUGGAAUCUGGCCCAGUUGCCUUGUCUUUACCCCUCUACCCCUGCCCUUUUCCUCUGUCAUCCUGUUUCUGCCUGUCUGCAUUCCAGGUAUCUGGUGGGUGUGGCAGGGUUUGUCUGUGCCAACUGGUAACAGUACAACUGUAUUGUAGGCAUAAUAACAUCGUAAGAGAGAAAACAUUUAUGGAAUUAUGAGGACAAACUCUGGGCGACAAAAAUUACAACUAAUUUAUCUGAUGGAAAAUGAACUUCUGUGGACUCUCUGUGUGGCCAUUUCCGAAACGUCAGCAAACACGUCACAACCUCGAAAACAUAUUAGAUGUCUGUCACUUUUUUAAAGUGGUUAAUCAACUCAUCACAUCAGCGUUUGUAAUGGUGCUGGCUGGUUUCAGAAUGUUUGGGGUGUUAAUGAUUGUUCAUGUCCAGUGGGGAUCAAUCAGGGCCUGAGAAGUUUUUGGCACAGGGGCCCUGACCCUGAGGUGAAGGGUGAAAUCAGUCAUGUGUUCAAGUGUCAUGUGUUCCUAUAAUCUGGGCAUUAUUACACAACUCUUUCGUAAUUUUUUUGCAGCUUGGCUUUUUUUGUGUGCAAUUGUUUUUAACAGUAACAUUGCACUUACUGAGGCAAGCUGACAGCCAUCCCUCAGCCACAUGCUGGACAGUAGCAACUCGUCUGCCUCAACGCUCCUACAUUUCCCAGAGUGCAGUGCGUCUCCGGGGGCCCCGCCCUUUCCUCUCCCUAACUUCUGUGCGGUCGACUUUCUGUUGUGCAGUGAUUUGAUUGCUCGCUCUCGGCGAUGCGACUCGGUUCGGACACACCUCGCCCUGCGCCACCGCCGACCGUCCUCUGCAUCUCCGUCCGCCUCGAGAGGGUAAAAGAAACAUCCGCAUUUUGAGAAGCACCGCUGCCGUCGUCCUCCGGGGGUUGGACGAUGUCCGCCGGGCCAGAGUCGGUCCCACGGAGCGUCACCGGGACGCGGGGACGUCUAGUUUUUCGCUCGUGUUUGUAGUUGUCAUUAAGAGGCAGCUGUCAAAGUCGCCCCCCCCCCCCCCCCCCCCGCCUCUCUCCUCCUCCUCCUCCUCCUCUCUCCUCCUCGCUGUGAAACGUUAAGUGAAGGCACAAUGUGUGCCGUGCCAGGCCGAGGCGAGGGCGGACCGGAGGUGUCUUCGGGCUAGCAGCAGCUAACUGGACCGCAGCUAGGUCGCACAGCACGGAUCCCCCCGGGGCGCGUCGGUCCCGUCGUCAGCACACCAGUUGCUAGCCUCGGUUUGUUGGCAGCCUCGGCGAGGCGGUCGGCCCAGGAUGCGGUAACUUUGUUAGCCGAUUGUUGUUUGCAACAGAUUAUCUCGAGUCGCGGCCCGACGCUGAGCUCGCUAGCAGUGGCAUCGUCACACCGCACAGCCACAUGCUACUGGCAUGCUAAUGAUCACGAUAGGUUGAAACGGGCGAAUGGUUCAGCACGUCCGAGCAGGUGGAAGGACAUGACGACAAGCUAAUUGGCACGGAAAGAAGAAGUAGUAGAAGAAGAAGAAGAAGGCGUGACAACAGGACUGAUUGAUCCUCUCAACUGGAGGACCCCCCUCCACCUGUACAUCACAACGACACCAUGGAGGGAAACGUCCAGCAGAAGAUGACUCCCCUGUCGCGGGAGCUGACGCGGGUGUUCAACAGCUACAACAAGCACUCGAUACAGCUGAAGAAGAACCUGAAGGAGACCAACGCAUUCUUCCGGGAAAUCCGACAGAACUACAGCAACGCGUGUGCGUCCACCAUGAGCUCGGAUUCCGCGUCUCUGGAGGCGGGCCAUCUUAGCUGCAUCUCCUUCCCUAUCCACGAGGAAGAGUUUUUACUCAACACAGUCGGCGCUGCCCCGUAUAUCGUGAUACUGGGCCAGGACUGCGCUGCCCGUUACCAGCUGCUCAAUUGCCUGCUGGGGGAGAGGCUGCUGCCGCUGGGCCCCGAGGCUGGUGAGGCUUGUGAAGGAGUCCAGGGCACUGUGUGCAAGAGGCGGAAGCUGUGUUUCACCCAUGGGAGACAGACGCGGCUCAGUUUGGCUCUUCCGGGCCAGUAUGAGCUGGUGCACCAGCUGGCGGCUAACUGUGGCCGCUGGGAUACAGUGCCCAGGGAGGACCUGGAGAUCCACGAGGAAUGUGAGGACCCAGCACACAGGCUGGCGGAGCUGGAGAUCACCCUUUAUCACCCACUGCUACAGGAAGCAAAGGUCAUGGUGGUGCCUUGUCCAAGUGUCCAGCCCAUAGAAGAGGCCCUGGAAGACUGCACUCGCAGUGUGAUCCCCAUAAUACUCUAUGCCAUCAACCAGGACACGUUAAGCACAGAGCAGGUGGCUGAACUCUGGAAAGUCAAAGAGCUGCUCUCCUUUCCCAUCUGUUUUGUUCGAAUCCCUAACACCAUGCCAGCAGCCUCUCCAGAACCUGGCCGCCAUGCGGAGAAGGAGAAAGAGAGGGAGAAGAGUUCCCUGCAUAAGCAGCUGCUGUCCCUCGGCUUCCUCAAUAGCCCGACAGGAAACUGCUCCUGUGGCGCCCCUACACAUGUGUCCGCCCCAGGUGCCAAGCCCCAGAGCACACUGGGUGAGGCUUUUGAGAGACUGCAUCGGUUGCUGGUGCCAUUUGCUCGCCAAGUGCUUCAAAACCAGCAGGUGGAGGCUGCCAGUCUGCUUAAUGGGAUACAUUGUCGCUGUCUAGACCUUUUCAUCAACCAGGCCUUUGACAUGCAGAGGGACCUGCAGAUCACACCGCGCAGGCUGGAGUACACCCGGGAGAAAGAGGGUGAACUAUUCACCUCCCUUAUGGCCAUCGCUAACCGCAAACAGGAAGAGAUGAAGGAGAUGAUUGUGGAGACGCUCGGCAGCAUGAAAGAGCAGCUGCUGGAGGACGCUGCCAACCUGGAGUUUACAGACGUCAUUGUAACAACUAAUGGAGAGCCUGUUACGUCAAAGGAGAUCAAAUCUUGCAUCCACCAGAUCCAGGAGCUCAUCGUGGUCCGUUUGAAUCAGGCCGUGGCAAAUAAGCUGAUCAGCUCUGUGGACUAUCUGAGGGAGAGCUUUGUAGGAACUCUGGAACGAUGCCUCAACAGUCUGGAGAAGUCGACCACCGACUCAUAUGUCCACAAUAUCACUUCCAAUCACCUCAAACAGUUAUUAAACGCAGCCUAUCAUGUGGAGGUCACCUUUCACUCUGGAUCUUCUGUCACACGUCUCUUCUGGGAGCAAAUCAAACAGAUAAUCCACAGGAUAACAUUUGUGAACCCUCCUGCCAUCACUCCAGAGUGGAAGCGGAAAGUGGCCCAGGACGCCAUAGAAAGCCUCAGUGCUGCCAAACUGGCCCGAAGCAUCUGCUCCCAGUUCAGAACUCGUCUCAACAGCUCCCAUGAGGCCUUUGCAACAUCUCUGCGCCAGCUGGAGGAGGGUCACACCGGACGACUGGAGCGCACCGAGGAUCUGUGGCUGCGCGUGAGGAAGGACCACGCCCCUCGACUGGCUCGUCUGUCUCUGGAGAGCCGCUCCCUCCGGGAUGUUCUGCUGCAUGGCAAGCCAAAGCUUGGUCGAGAGUUGGGUCGGGGUCAGUACGGAGUGGUGUACUUGUGUGACAGCUGGGGAGGACACUACCCAUGUGCAUUAAAGUCUGUGGUACCGCCUGACGAUAAACACUGGAACGACUUGGCUUUAGAGUUUCACUACACAAGGUCCCUGCCCAAGCAUGAGCGGCUCGUCGACCUGCACGGCUCUGUGAUUGAUUACACCUACGGAGGCGGCUCCAGCAUUGCUGUACUGCUCAUCAUGGAGCGGCUGCACAGAGACCUCUACACAGGCUUGAAGGCUGGUUUGUCGCUGAGGGACAGACUUCUGAUCGCACUAGAUGUGGUGGAGGGGAUCCGCUUCCUGCACAGUCAGGGUCUCCUGCACAGAGACAUUAAGCUAAAAAAUGUUCUGCUGGACAAACAAAAUCGGGCAAAGAUCACUGACCUUGGCUUCUGUAAACCAGAGGCCAUGAUGUCUGGUAGCAUCGUAGGAACUCCCAUCCACAUGGCUCCAGAGCUGUUUACAGGAAAGUAUGAUAACUCCGUUGACGUCUACGCCUUUGGGAUCCUUUUCUGGUACCUCUGCACCGGUUCCGUAAAACUCCCAGAGUCCUUUGAGAAGUGCUCCAGCAAGGACCAGCUCUGGACAAAUGUUAAAAAAGGUGCCAGACCAGAACGGCUGUCCAGUUUCGACGAGGAGUGCUGGCAGCUGAUGGAGGCCUGCUGGAACGGGGACCCCUCCCAGAGGCCACUGCUCGGUAUCGUGGAGCCCAGCCUGCAGAGCAUCAUGGUCCGGCUCUGCAACUCUGGCUCCGAACAGAAAAGCAGCAGCCUAGAUGACUCAAACUGAAAACACUCCAAACAAACUAACACGCGUGUGAUAGGGAUUUUCUGAUCAGAAAAGUAUUUUUGAUGUAUUUAUGGAGAGCUGAGCAGAGAAUUACUGUGGAGCAGGUGACCAAUGAAAAAUGUCCUCCUUGUUCGAGGCUGUUGGAUUUACUUUAUUUAUGAGGAGUUGGUACAGACCAGACGUUUGCAAAUGUGUUUUAUUGUUUGUGCCGUGUGUAUUUGUAUACAAACUACAAAAUGCUUUUGUUGUAGCCGUCGUGCUAAUCGCUACUUGGUCAUAUAAUUGUAACUAGAUGCAAAUUGUUUUAAAAAAUAGUCAAGUCCCUGUAUUAUGAAAAAAAAAUAUAAAAGAUUAAUUUUAGAUUGUAUUUAAACUGAACAUUUCUGCAUCUAUAAAAAAAACAUUUUUUUUUAAUAAAAUGAUCUGUUACAACAAAUUA